CGGCCCCUGACGUAGCGAGGAGUAGGGCGCUCGCCGCGCGUCUCACAAAGAGGAGGAGCGGAGUGAAGAUGGCGGAACGUGGAUACAGUUUCUCUCUGACUACUUUCAGUCCAUCGGGAAAACUUGUACAGAUUGAAUACGCUUUAGCUGCGGUAGCUGCAGGAGCACCAUCUGUUGGUAUCAAAGCUGCAAAUGGUGUUGUAUUGGCAACUGAGAAAAAACAGAAAUCAAUAUUGUACGAUGAGCAAAGCGUACAUAAAGUGGAGCCAAUUACCAAGCACAUAGGCAUGGUGUACAGUGGCAUGGGCCCAGAUUACAGAGUCCUUGUUCGACGAGCCAGGAAACUAGCCCAACAAUAUUACCUUGUGUAUCAGGAACCUAUUCCAACAGCACAGCUAGUACAAAGAGUGGCAUCGGUUAUGCAGGAAUAUACACAGUCUGGUGGUGUACGUCCAUUUGGAGUGUCGUUAUUAAUUGCAGGCUGGGAUGAGGAGCGACCAUAUUUAUUCCAAUCGGAUCCUUCAGGAGCCUAUUUUGCAUGGAAGGCAACAGCAAUGGGAAAGAAUUAUGUGAAUGGUAAAACCUUCCUUGAAAAAAGAUACAAUGAAGAUCUUGAACUUGAAGAUGCUAUACACACAGCAAUUUUAACAUUAAAGGAAAGUUUUGAGGGUCAGAUGACGGAAGACAACAUUGAAGUUGGUAUUUGCAAUGAAGCUGGAUUUAAGCGACUCACUCCUGCUGAAGUCAAAGAUUACUUGGCUGCUAUAGCAUAAACGGCUUCCAGUCACGGUUUAGUUUUUUUUUUUUCUGCCACUAAAGGAUUCAAAAUGUUUCUUUGCAGAUUUUUUUGCAUACUUUCUUAUUUCUACCUGUCUUGACAGAUCUUUUUAAAAUGACAUGGUUCUAAUCACAAUAAAUAAUAUCAAAUACAA